CUGUCAGUUCUGACAUACCCUGAAAAACCACAACUGAUUUUACACAGCAGAGGGGUCUAGUCUAUACGAGUGUGCGUUUAUGUGAGUAUCUCAUAAAAGAGAGCUACCAGCAUUUAUUGACCGCACAAGAGAGACACUAUCAUCCAAAAAGACAAGCAGCAUGGCAGCGUGGGACCUUACAGUCGCAGUGGAGGAUCUUGGUCCUGAUGCCCCACCCUUUAAAAUCAGCGUGACCUCUGAUCUGCACAUUGGCGGAGUUAUUCUCAAAUUAGUUGAGCAGACCAAUCUGAAGAAGGACUGGUCCGAUCAUGCCCUGUGGUGGGAGCAGAAGCAGCAGUGGCUGCUGAGGACCGGCUGGACACUGGACAAAUGCGGGGUCCACGCAGACGCUCGCCUCAUCUUCACCCCACAGCACAAGCCUCUGCGACUGGGCUUGCCGAAUGGGGCUACACUGAAAAUGCGAGCCUGUUUCUCCAGUCCUGUAUUUCGCGCAGUCAUGGGCAUCUGCAGGGUUCUCAAUUUACGUCACCCAGAAGAGCUCUCCUUGCUCCGUCCUGUUGAAGAGAAAAAGAAAAAGAAAGACAAAGAUUCCUCAGAAGAGCUGUAUGAUCUUACAGAUGUUCCUCUAACCGCAGGCUCUGUUCAAGCUCUGUACAAUGGCAUGCCGGCUCAUUUUGCUGACUCUCCGAAGACUGAGGCUGUGUAUAAAAUGCUGUCUGUCAGCUUGCCCUCACCUGCUCCUGAAGCCAUCGCUAAACUCUAUCGGCCAGCCAGUGUGGUGGACAAAACACAUAUUCACACCAGGUGGCUGGAUUCAUCUCGUUCACUAAUGCAGCAGGGAAUACAAGAGAAUGACAAAAUAUGGCUCCGUUUCAAAUACUACACUUUCCAUGAUAUGGAUCCCAAGUAUGAUGCAGUGCGUUUGACGCAGUUGUAUGAACAAGCUCGCUGGGCAAUUCUCUUGGAGGACGUAGACUGCACAGAAGAGGAAAUGAUGCUGUUUGGAGCCCUGCAGUACCACAUAGGAAAACUGUCCUUGUCUCAGGACAUGGUCUCUUCCUGCCAAGGGAUGGAUGACUUGGAGUCUGCCCUGAAAUCCCUGGAGGUCAAGAUGGUGGGAGACGGCAACAGCACAGACAUGCUGGAUAACAUGACUGCCCCAGAGCUGAAUGACCAUUUGAAAAUAUUUCGGCCUAAGAGACUAACUCUCAAGGGUUACAAGCAAUACUGGUGCAAAUUUCAGGACACGUCGAUCUCCUAUUUUAAAAGUAAAGAGGACCGCUAUGGAGAGCCCAUUCAACAACUGAACCUGAAAGGCUGUGAGGUCGCCCCUGAUGUCAGUGUAGCAGGCCAGAAGUUCUGUAUCAAACUCCUCAUUCCUGCACCAGAAGGCAUGAAUGAAAUCUACUUCAGAUGUGAAAAUGAGAAGCAGUACUCUCAGUGGAUGGCCGCCUGUAAGCUGGCAUCCAAAGGCCUGACGUUAUUGGACAGCUCGUAUCAAAGUGAAGUAAAGAACAUCCAGACGUUCCUUUCAAUGCAGCGUUCCAACUCUGCAGCUCCCACGGCACAGACUGAUGACAGCAUCAACACACACAGCCUCGUCUCACCAAGAUACCAUAAGAAAUACAAGCCCAAACAGUUAACCCCUCGUAUCCUGGAGGCCUAUCAGAACAUCGCCCAGCUCUCUUUGACGUCUGCCAUCUUGAAGUUUCUGCAGAUCUGGCAAGCUCUGCCUGAUUUUGGGAUUUCCUACUUCAUGGUCAGGUUUAAGGGCAGUCGUAAGGACGAAGUUCUGGGCAUCGCUAACAACCGUCUGAUCCGUAUAGACCUGGGAGUCGGAGAUGUGGUGAAGACUUGGCGUUAUAAUAAUAUGAGACAGUGGAAUGUUAAUUGGGACAUACGACAGGUGGCGAUUGAAUUCGACGGAAACAUUAACAUAGCAUUCGGCUGUGUGAACGCAGACUGUAAGGUUGUGCACGAGUACAUCGGAGGAUACAUCUUCAUGUCCACUCGCGCACGACAGCAAAGCGACACACUGAACGAGGAGCUCUUCCACAAACUCACCGGUGGCCACGAGGCUCUCUGAGCACAAAACAGCAACUUACAGAGAAAAAAAAACAUUACUGAAGCUACAAAUGGAGGAAACUGAUAAGAAUUCAGUGUACUGCACAUCAACUGUCCCUUUCUUUUCUUUGUUUCCAACAAGACAUCAUUUAAUGAUCAAGCAUUUGAAUUGAAACAUGUAUGUUUUCCACAACAUGAGACGCAUCUAAUCUGUAUAAAUAAUCACACUUAAUAUAAUAAGUGCCUAAUAUGACCAAAUGAACUAAAAUAUCUUACUGUAAUGAAUUUUGUCAUAAAACAAAAUGUCUGAAUUUCUGCCAUCUCAUACAAGUAACAGCUCAGGAAACCACUGUCUAUCAUUGUCUGACCAGGCAAUGAUAUUAGCCGCUAGUCUACAGCUUACAAUUUCCUAUCUCAGUCCAACAGAGUUUCAGUUACUUGUACCAGGGUUAUUUUUAGAUAGUCUUCAGUGUCGUGCCGGGAGAGUUUAGUAUUGAGUUAACGAAGUGCCAUCUCUGCAUUGUCCUAAUGAGAUCACAGCCUUGCUGAUUCUCCAUUAUUCACUCGUUGGAGAAACAUAAUGUGUUGAAAUAUUGUAAAUAAUGUUAAGCAUUAUGGUACACCAUUAUACAGGUGCAUCUCAAUAAAUUAGAAUGUUGUGGAAAAGUUCAUUUAUUUCAGUAAUUCAACUCAAAUUGUCAAACUCGUGUAUUAAAUAAAUGCAAUGCACACAGACUGAAGUAGUUUAAGUCUUUGGUUCUUUUAAUUGUGAUGAUUUUGGUUCACAUUUAACAAAAACAUCUCAACAAAUUAGAAUACUUCAUAAGACCAAUAAAAAAAACAUUUUUUCAUGUUCAUUUACUGUAUAUGUACUCAAUAUGUACUCAGGGGCUCCUUUUGCUUUAAUUACUGCCUCAAUUCGGCGUGGCAUGGAGGUGAUCAGUUUGUGGCACUGCUGAGGUGGUAUGGAAGCCCAGGUUUCUUUGACAGUGGCCUUCAGCUCAUCUGCAUUUUUUUGGUCUCUUGUUUCUCAUUUUCCUCUUGACAAUACCCCAUAGAUUCUCUAUGGUGUUCAGGUCUGGUGAGUUUGCUGGCCAGUUAAGCACACCAACACCAUGGUCAUUUAACCAACUUUUGGUGCUUUUGGCAGUGUGGGCAGGUGCCAAAUCCUGCUGGAAAAUGAAAUCAGCAUCUUUAAAAAGCUGGUCAGCAGAAGGAAGCAUGAAGUGCUCCAACAUUUCUUGGUAAACGGGUGCAGUGACUUUGGUUUUCA